GGCACUGGCUCAGCCUUCCGGAUCCCUCCGAGAGGACGUCCGCUGAGCCAGAGAGAAGGCUGUUGCUUUUCUGAGUUGCUCCCUUCCGAGGCUCGGUCGGCUGGUCCGCAUGGCCCGUGGAAAUCAGCGAGAACUUGCCCGCCAGAAAAACAUGAAGAAAUCCCAGGAAAUUAGCAAGGGAAAAAGAAAAGAGGAUAGCUUGACUACCUCUCAGAGAAAACAAAGGGACUCUGAGAUCAUGCAACAAAAGCAGAAAGCAGCUAAUGAGAAGAAGUCGAUGCAGACAAGAGAAAAAUGAGGACCGACAAUUUGGAAAACCUGGGUGCUAUUGCCAACUAGGUGUAUCAUAAGCUCUAUGAUCAGGAUUUUGUAGAGUGAACAAUCAUUACAUGUGUUAUAACAUAUCCUUAUAGAAACUAUUUUAAACUCUACCUUUCAGCCUGACUUAGCGUGACAUUUCAGAACCAUUCUUCAAAGAAUAAAAUACUGGUCAUGCUAGGGGGAGGGGGCUAUGAGGGGACUACAUGGUAAUGGGAAAAAAUACAAUAAAGAUUAAAUCAAAAUAAAAUCAAACACUACCAUGCAUGUGAUA